UCCAACUCGCAAGUCUAAACGAUCUAGAGAUAAGUUUAGAUCCGAUAUUUUAUAGCCUCUCAAGUCUUAACAUAGCCCAAAAUAAGUAACAUCAGUCGGAGGACACAUGAGCAUAAUAUCGUCUACGUGUUUUGUUUGAUGAUCAAGUGAAGCUAAAGAACCUAACGUGUUGUGGCUAUAGUCGGACAUAAUUAUUUAUUGCCUAAAAUUCCAAAAGCAAUCAAGCUAUAAAACGAGAGUUAAGCUGAGCAGUGUUAAAUCUGUGAAGCAAAUCCAAAAUAUGGAAGAGUAUUUUUACAAGGUUUUGAAUAUGAGUUGUGUGGUUAUUGUGGUGUUGUUCCUUACAAUGGUUGUGACCAAACUCAUCACAUCCUUACCUUCCAAGAAGAAGAAGAGUGUUCGUGUCCCUCCGGUUCUUCAAGCGUGGCCACCUUUGAUCGGAACUCUUAUCCGCUUCAUGAAAGGUCCAAUCUCGAUGCUUAGAGAGGAAUAUCCUAAGCUUGGAAGUGUUUUCACGGUGAAGCUUCUUCACAAGAACAUAACCUUUUUGAUCGGUCCUGAAGUGUCGGAGCAUUUCUUCAACGCUUUUGAAUCGGAACUUAGCCAGAAAGAAGUUUACAGAUUCAACGUGCCUACUUUUGGCCCCGGAGUUGUGUUUGAUGCUGAUUAUCCCAUCCGGAUGGAGCAGUUUCGGUUCUUCGCUGAUGCUCUCAAAGUCGAUAACUUAAGAAGUUAUGUCGAUCCCAUGGUUAGAGAAGCUGCGGAUUCCUUUUCAAAAUGGGGAGAGAGUGGUGAAGUGGACCUAAGUGUUGAGCUAGAGCGUCUAAUCAUCUUAACUGCAAGUAGAUGUCUUCUAGGUCGAGAAGUCCGUGAACAACUGUUUGAUGAUGUCUCUGCAUUGUUCCACGAACUUGACAAUGGAAUGCUCCCCAUUAGUGUUCUCUUCCCUUACCUUCCCAUUCCAGCUCAUCGCUGUCGCGACCGCGCCAGGGCAAAGCUUGCACAAAUCUUUUCCAAAAUCAUAGCAUCUAGAAAACGUUCGGGUGACAAAUCAGAGCACGACAUGCUACAAUGUUUCAUCGACUCAAAGUACAAAGAGGGUAGAGAAACAACUGAAUCUGAGGUCACUGGCUUGCUCACUGCUGCUUUGUUUGCUGGCCAACACACAAGCGCUAUCACUUCAACAUGGACCGGUGCUUAUCUCAUGCGAGAUAAACACUACUUAUUAGCCGCAAAGGACGAGCAGAAGAAACUGAUUGAAAAACAUGGGGACAAGAUCAAUUAUGAUAUCUUAUCUGAAAUGGAUGUUCUGUUUAGAUGCAUUAAAGAAGCUUUGAGGCUUCACCCUCCACUGAUCGUGUUGAUGAGAGCCUCUCACCGAGAAGGAAAAACAUAUGAGAUCCCAAAGGGUCAUAUUGUCGCAACCUCGCCUGUAUUCGCCAACCGUUUACCUCAUGUUUAUAAAGAUCCAGACAAUUUUGAUCCCGAUAGAUUCUCACCGGGUAGAGAAGAAGACAAAGCAGCUGGUCCAUUCUCAUACAUCUCCUUGGGGGCAGGUAGGCACGAGUGUCUUGGUGGACCUUUUGCGUACAUGCAAAUCAAAGCCAUAUGGAGUCUCUUGUUGAGAAACUUUGAGCUUGAGUUAGUGUCACCUUUUCCUGAGACUGAUUGGAAUGCUAUGGUUGUUGGAGUUAAAGGGAAAGUGAUGGUCCGUUAUAAGCGUCUCCACGUCACUUAAAAACUUUAAUACACCCAGUUGGUUUGGUUUUCUCCUUUGUGUCUUGUCCUUCCCUAGUUUUAGUUUGUACUUUGUAGUGUUGGUUGUUUGAUACUUGCUUCACUGUUUUCCUUCUUCUGGCUCUUUUUUGAAGGUAAGAUAAAUGAGUUGUAUAUUACUUCACUGUUUUAGUUCUGUGCCUCUUGACUCAUGUUUCAAGGUUUAAAUAACAAACGAGUCGUAUUUUUUUC